AUGGAGGUUCUGCUUCUAGACACGACCGAGAAAGAGGGCGAAGACAACACGCUUUACCACUAUGUGCACUGCCAAGAUGGCGUCGGCUGCUUCUCACCUUCUACGACACCUGUAGAGGCGAAAACUAGGCAGUGGUUGGACCUGCGGGGUGUGUUGGCUGCUGCAGUAGGAGCUACGACUUCGCUGUGUGGCGAGUCGCUGCAAUUCGCGCGGUUCGGGAUGGGAGACUCGACUGGAAUCGUGGGCUUCGUUAACAUGUACGAAGUGCUGUAUGCACUAGUUUUCUCCUGCGCAGAUCUACCGGAUUCCGUUGUCCAGUAUUAUACACGCUCAAGUUGCGACCUAGUUCUGAGUCUUUUUGGAUAUCCAGCCGCAAAACUUAAUCAAUGGCGACGCCGAGAUGGAGGCUCAAUAAGCACUACUGCACUCAAUGCAGAGUUAGACGCCGUCUUCAAAGGGAUCUUCUCUAUUAUUCGACAUGACUUGAGUUUCGGUUCAAACCUCCACUUUGCGUUCGACGGUCGGGUUCCAGCAGUAAACUAUCCACUGGAAACCAUGGCUAAACUAGCAGUUCUGGAUAUGCCCUUCGGUGAUACCACAACUCCUACUCAGCAGCAUUCGUUCCUUGGUCGCUGCAUCUUCUAUCGCAAGCAACUCACUUUCUCGACCAUUCGCAGUGAUUUCCUUCAGUUGCUCUUCCAAUGGCUACUAGCUGGAGAUAAUUUCACACCCGACUCCACUGUCACAUUGCCUCCCAUGAGCAGUGAGGGAUCACCCACACGUCUCGAUACCUUGGAGUUGCAUGACUUUCGCUUCGCUCGCCAUGGUGAAUACCCAAAGCGACACGCGUUCCUCAUUGUCACUCACGACAACCUUCAAUUGGCGUAUCUGGUAGAACGAAAACUGGAGUUCGAAGGCAACGUCGACGAUGUCGAGUGGGCCAAGCACUUAACUGACAGCGUUAACCAACACAGCAUCGAACAUCUCGCAACAUUUUGCACUCAACACCUCGAGACGUAUCUGAAGACCUCAAAAGCGCUGCGUCAUCAGCGUAUGGAGGCACUACAACGUCAGUUUGCAUCCAAGCUGCAACGAGAACCUGAAUAUCCACUAGAGGACAGUGUUUCGGCCCCUUUUCUCUGGUAUUCCGUGGCUUUUGACCGUCUUCGAGGUGUCAUCAUCAGCGAUGAACUCCCUCAAUACCAACAGAUCAUGACGCAGUUUGUCCAGCAUUUAGCCGCCUCUCAACGAAGCUCACGUUGCUUAUACGAGGCUGUUCCCGAGACUUCUCCUGAACUCUCAUCCGACAUUCCACCGCUCAGGCUCAACGUAGAGGCCAAUGACGGACUCUUCUUGCGCGAGAAAGUGACGAACGAUACAGGCGACAUUUCCACGGGAGAUGCACAUAUCUUCCCAGAGCUGAGGAAUCCAUACGAGAAGAAGGGACGUCAACGGCGACAGACAGCUGAGCAGAUCGUUGUGCGUGGUCAACCUUUCUGGAUAAUUGCGAGUUCGUACGAAACGAUGGAGUUUUUCAGCAUCCUGGACGCCGCCCUACCAGUAGAACUGCUGGACUGUGAACUCGACCGUCUUUGCGCCUUCGGAGGAGCUGAACCAACACAGCCAGAGCAAUAA